UGCUGAAAAGCCUGCUGGAUCUUCCAGUGACCUGCUGUUCUUUCUUGCCUUCCUGUGUGUUUUCUCGUCCUUCCUAGAUUUAGAUUAAAAACAACGCUUGUUCCUCUUCCUCCUCUUUGUAGAGCAACGCACAGAAGGUCUUUUAGUUUUAAAGGAGAGUUAAAAGAGGAACAAGGUUGGAAGGCACAUUCGAAUGGAGGUACGUGUUUGUUUUGUAGCUUGUUGGAGACAUUUGCAGAAGGACAAGAUCGGAGACAGUUGGACAGUUCUUUGGAAUUCCCUGCUGGUCUUAAGGUGUUCGUCCACGAAACACCGUCAGUAAAGAGAACGGAGCGUCACCCCGGGGAAUUCUGAGAGGGGUGAAUCCAGUCCAAGUGUGAUAAGAGGAUCUGUUUUAUGAGUACCCCUUGUUGGAUGCACUGACAGUCUUUGGAUUCAGACUUGGGAAAAGGGCACAGCCGGGCUCCCAGUGCCACAUCUGGAUCUGGGGCUCUGUCCCCGGUGGUUGGGGGACUCAGAGGUGCGAAGGGUCAGGGGAGCCGUUGGCCGUCAAACCCAAAGUUGGCAUCUCUCCGGUGACCAUGUACCCGCAGGGAAGACAUCCGGUACCUCUGCAGCCUGGACAGUCAUUCAAGUUCACAGUUCUGGAGACUUUAGACCGCAUUAAAGAAGAAUUUCAGUUCCUCCAGGCACAGUACCACAGUCUGAAACUGGAGUGUGAGAAGCUGGCCAGCGAGAAGACCGAAAUGCAGAGGCACUACAUCAUGUACUAUGAGAUGUCCUACGGUCUCAACAUCGAGAUGCACAAACAGGCAGAGAUCGUGAAGCGGCUCAGUGCUAUCUGUGCUCAAAUCAUCCCUUUUCUCUCUCAGGAGCAUCAGCAGCAGGUUGUUCAGGCGGUGGAACGUGCCAAACAGGUCACCAUGGCAGAGCUCAACGCCAUCAUAGGGCAGCAGCAGCUCCAGCACCUGUCUCACCACACCCCGGGUAUUCCUCUCACCCCUCACCCUUCAGGCUUGUCUCUGGGCGGCACGUCUGGACUGCUGGCCCUUACCGGAGCUCUGGGAGUCUCUGCCCACUUGGCCAACAAGGACGAACGCAAUCACCUAGACCCAGAGCAUCUCAGAGAGGGUGCACCCAGCAGGAGUAAAUCAGUAUCGUCGACAGACAGUCAGGUCACAGAGGAUCGACAGGGUCCGUCAGGAGCGUAUGCCUCACAGACGUCUAGCGAUGCCAAACGGAGGCGCUGUGAUGAGAAAGACGUCCUUCCCUCUCACUAUGACAGUGAUGGUGACAAAAGUGAAGACAAUCUUGUGGUAGAUGUUUCCAAUGAGGAAGCUUCCUCGCCCGUGGGCAGUGUGCCUCUUUCUCCUCACGGUAACGGCUUUGACCGAGCCCCAUCCCUUAGAAAGGAGCUCCCAGGGUCUCCCAGUCCCCCACCAGGCACCCCACCACACAGCCCACCUCCCAGCAAAAACAAGGACACAGUGCAAACAGAGAAAUCCCAGUCGCCCUCCUCUAAAUCAGGCAAUUCCUCACCUUCUCACCAUGACCCCCUGAUGCCCGGUCCUAGCACUUCCUGUUUACGGCUAGUCAACAAACCGGCCUCCUCUGCAGACCCUCUAGCCCUGCGGAGUCCCUUGACUAUGACACCCGGUUCUUACCCAGCUCACUUUGGCAUGGUGUCCCAUUCUGGGCUCAAUGGAGAGCUGGCCAGUCCAGGCGGGUUCGGAGGCUCAUUAACACUCUCGCCCCAAAUCAGCGCUGCUGCCAGUGCUUACACACGCAGCCCUAUGGUAGCGUAUGAAUCUCGUUCACAUCUUAGGCCGUCAGGGCUGUCCUCAUCACUGCCUGGCUCCACUGUUGGAAAACCCGCUUACUCGUUCCAUGUGAGUGCGGAUGGUCAGAUGCAGCCCGUGCCCUUCCCUCCUGAUGCCCUCCUUGGUUCGGGUAUCCCACGGCACGCCCGUCAGAUCCACACCCUCAGUCAUGGAGAUGUGGUGUGUGCGGUCACCAUUAGCACCUCCACACGUCACGUCUACACGGGCGGCAAAGGCUGCGUCAAAGUGUGGGACAUCAGCCAACCGGGCAGCAAGAGUCCCAUGGCCCAACUCGACUGUUUGAAUAGAGACAAUUACAUUCGCUCCUGUAAGAUUCUCCCAGAUGGGCGCACCUUGAUAGUUGGUGGCGAAGCCAGUACGCUGUCAAUCUGGGACUUGGCCACACCCACUCCACGUAUCAAAGCCGAAUUAACAUCCUCGGCUCCUGCAUGUUACGCUCUGGCCAUCAGUCCAGACAACAAGGUCUGUUUCUCCUGCUGCAGUGAUGGAAACAUUGUGGUGUGGGACCUGCACAACCAAACGCUUGUCAGGCAAUUCCAGGGCCACACAGAUGGAGCCAGUUGUAUCGACAUCUCCAACGAUGGCACCAAACUGUGGACGGGAGGUCUGGACAACACAGUGCGCUGCUGGGACCUGAGAGAGGGACGGCAGCUCCAGCAGCAUGACUUCACCUCACAGAUCUUCUCUCUGGGUUACUGUCCUACGGGAGAGUGGCUUGCGGUGGGGAUGGAGAGCAGCAAUGUUGAAGUGCUGCACGUGUCCAAACCAGACAAAUACCAGCUGCACCUUCACGAGAGCUGCGUUCUCUCGCUCAAGUUUGCCUACUGCGGUAAGUGGUUUGUGAGCACAGGAAAGGACAAUCUGCUCAAUGCAUGGAGGACACCAUAUGGAGCGAGUAUUUUCCAGUCAAAAGAGUCCUCGUCAGUCCUGAGCUGCGACGUCUCCCCAGACGACAAGUAUAUUGUAACGGGUUCCGGGGAUAAGAAAGCCACCGUGUAUGAGGUGGUGUACUAAACGCAGAGAGAAGAAGAGAUGCCUGGAAGAAAAACGAAACCGGCGAGCACUGCACGAUCACGGAAAGCGAAGCAGGCAACCAUGGCUCUUCUGUUUUCGGUCCGUUGUAUACCACCUGGUCAAUUCAUCCCAUCUUAUCACCUUUACUCCGAUAGUUAGAUAAGAUCGAGGAAGACAGUGGCUUUGUUCAGAAUGGCAUACUAACAUACUAUACGCCUUUUGUAGUAUAUUCGGCACAAAACGGUAAACAUUUGUUUAGUCAUUUGCACGGAAAAAUGUUCAAUCAUUACAAUUAUUCCAGCAACAUAAUCAGUUAUUUUGCGAUAAUGACUUACGCGACUAGCAAUACUCAACGACCAUCUACAUAUUUAUUUGCUUUGUGAAAUUAGCAUAGCCGUGGUAAAUUAGCCGUGUUUUCUCUUGAGACACACAAGAACCAAUGAGAUUUAAAGUUAUGAAUCUUCUACAUCCAAGAUAGCGUGAACAUCAGUAAAUUGAGAGAAUUCUUAUAUUUUGGUGCACUAUUCUUAACAUGCUAUUUUUAAAAGUAGUGUGCAGUAUAUAGUAUAUUCUCCACAUUAAGCAGUAUGCUAGUAUUUCAUUUCUGAACAUAGCAAGUGAGCUGCGAGUUUAAUUAGCACAGUCUCCAGAUAGCAUGCUAUGCUAAGAGAAAGCCACAUAGAAGACAGCGGGUAUUUAGGGAUCUCCUACUUACAGCAACAGCAGACAAUCAUUUCAUUAGCCUUACACUCUCACCAUAAUGGGAUAUAUACAAGACAGCGCAGCAUUUCCCCAAAGGGAACGAACUGUUCGGAAGCUCCCGGCUCACUUUGGGGGCAUCUCCGGUUGAACGCAGUACGGGCACACAAACAAUUCUCUGCUCUCCUAUCCAACCCAAUUAGACAUUCAUGUGGCAAAUCCCAGACGAAUUCACCAACCUGCAUUUCAUUUUCCUUCUCCCACAAGCUGGUGUCUAAUGAGGAGCACGGGUAAAUCACGCAGAAUGCUUGCUGCAAAUACUCACAACCACGGCCGUUGUUCGUUUUAAUUCUCUUGGAUUACCAUGCAGAUGUUGCACUCGUUUUCAUUAUUGGCUUGAAUACUGAUAAGUCAUAUUUGGGUAGCUACAGAAAUUGGUUUAAAGAAAUUAUAUUUAAAUGUAAAGAUAAUUUUAAUUCAACCUAUUCUCAUCUGAAAGAUUUAGAGGGUUAAUCACAGAUCCCUGGUGCACACCAUGAAUUAGCAGAGCUAUGGCCAACCUGACUGAAUCAACACGCCGGAUCUACCGUCAAACAUCCUGCUGGGAACAGAUUUUUUUUUAAUUACAUUUAUUCUUAUUCAUUCUUCUUUUUAUCUGCAAAGCUUUUCCCAGUACUCAAAUGAGUCCAAUUAUGUUUUUUGCUUGUGAGCUUUACAAAGAGUUGUAGGAAAUCAUUAGGAAAUCAUUAGGUUUCUUAUGGCAAUAGUAAGCAUUAUUACUACAGUGUUUUGAUCAGUCUGUUAUUAUGCAGAAAGUGCAGUGUGUUUUUAUUAAUUUUUUAUUAAUAGCUGAAAUAUUGCUGCCUGCAAACAGUUAAAUUUGUCUUUGGGAUAGACCGUCUUAAUGCACGAUCUGUCUUUGACGUCAUGUUAUCAUAAUAUCUAUAUCUAUCUAAUCUAUGUUUCUAUAAUGAGGACACUGUCAAGUUUCUGUUAAAGACUGUCUAAAGCCAAGGAACUUUUUCGAAACCUUCGCUGUGAUAUCCCUCUGUAGCACUUCCCAUGUGAUGUAAAAGACAUGUAUACGUUGAAAAUUAAACUUAUGGUCAUCUUU